UUGGAAGACAAUGAGAUGGCUUGGGUGCUCUUGUAUCGGCAAUCAUCUGGCAUAAAGGACAAUGUGUACGGCGACAUUCUCCACACUUCCAGUGUUCCCGUUCAGUGUCUUGAAGGCUGUCGGUCAGACGCGGGCUGUCCACUUUUGGACACAUGCUACGAAAAGCAAUGCCUGCCAAAAGUGUGUCCUCCGCAGAUACUGGCAGUCCCUAAUUCGGUGCUGCUCAAGGCCAGGAGUGCCAAGGUUGGAACCUUAGUCAAGGCACGAUGCGAUCAAGGCUUCGUCAUUAAGGAAAUUGGAUUUAAUCGACCGUUUAAUAUGAAAUGCGAGCAACACAAGGACCACCGGAAAAGUCCGGCCUGGUUCCUUCGUGAUGAGCAAUUUCGCAAUUUGAAAUGCGUUCCGAAAGGAACUUGCUCUGUCAACGAAGAUUGUCCGGGAGAUUACCAAAACCUGUGGAGAUGCGUCGAAGGAAUAUGCAUACAAGAUUGUGCAGAUGUUCCAAAUGGAAAGAUUGUCCAAGAGCGUCAUAUCAGCUCUCAAACUGGGGAGGAAACUUGCGUAGCUGACGAUGGACCGAGCUUCUCCAUUUCGAACAAGGCCAAACUACAAUGUCAAGAAGGUUACAUAGUUGAUAACCCAAUCUCUGGUGGAGACAAUGCCAAAGUGGUGUGUCAUCACGAUUCUCAAGGAUCAAGGUGGAGAUAUUUGGACAUGCUAAACCAAGUGGCCGAAUGCAUUAGAGGGUGCCAACACGAUUCGGAUUGUCCCAUGGCACAGGUCUGCUCAAGACAAACGUCAAUGUGCCAACCGAGUACUUGCCAAGAUUUGGAUCCCACCCAAUUUCACGGCAAAAUCGUCAGCAGCUCUGCCGGGCCUGAUUUCGUGUGCGAUCCUGGAUUCGUUUAUUUGAAUGCACUGGACAAAGCUGUGAAUGCGACCAAAGUUGUCUGCGGAAGAGGAGACAAUCAAAGUGCGAGUGACCAAGUCUGGUUGGAGUUUCAAGGGCAAAGAGGUCUUCAACCAUGUCAACCAGGGUGCUUGGAUGACCUUGGAUGCGGGUUUGAAGAACAUUGCCAUCCAAGUUUGCACACUUGUCGCCCAUCCUCGUGCCCUUGUUUGACGCGGGAUCCGAAUGCCAUCAUCAUGGAUUGCCAAACCUCGCGAGUGGAGGCGUUUGCCUCCGUUCAGAUCAAGUGCAAUCCUGGAUAUUUGUUCGAUCUACCUCUUCAACCUCAAAAAUCCUUGGAACUCGUCUGCAACCCCAUUACUCAAAAGCUUUCAUAUGAAUCAAGCGUGCAAGGCAAUCUUGUGGAACCGCCCAUUUGUGAGUCAGGGUGUUUUUUGGACUCUGAUUGUCCCAAAGAAGGAGACAUUUGUCGGAAGCGGGUCUGCAAGAUGCGCUCUUGUGCUGACGGUCCACUUGAUCCGAAUGCAAUUUACAACCAUCUUCCGAACAGGAACCAGGCCGUGAAGUUUUGUCUUAGGGAUUUCAAAAUGUUCACUGGGACAAUUUUGAUUGGUAACAUUCAAUUGGAAUGCAAAUCUGAAGGCAAUAGCCUUACUUGGAGAACAAGCAACGACCAAGAUGAUCCUCCAUGCUUGGAAUUGUGUUCCAAUGCCACCAAAUGUUCCAAUCCAGCCCACAAUUGUCAGGGAGGAGCUUGCAUGAGGACAAAGUGCAAUGAAGAAAUACUCAACGGGCAGAUUGAAGCCAAAGGCUCAAGUGGAGUUCUUAUCUGCAGCCCUGGCUUUGUCGUCAAAACCAGUCAAGGAUGUAAUUCUGAGGCAACUGUUCAAUGUGCCUUGAACAGGGUGUCAAAUUGGGUAUCUGGCGGGGAGAUUGCAAGUUGUCAAUCAGGAUGUUCCAGCAAUGAGUCGUGCUUACAAGGAGAAGAAUGUGAUCCCAAAACUUGCCGCUGUGUCCCACCGGUUUGCUUUGGACCCAAGAAGCUGAUUGGAGGCUCCAUUGAGGGGCCUGAUAAAAUUCGAUUAGGCAUGAUGGUCACCUUGACAUGUUCUCGGGGAUUCAUUUUUAAGCGCAAUAAUCAGGCGUCUAAAAGUGUCCGAGUUCAAUGUGGUAUCUUUGACGGCAUCCCACGUUAUGCUAUCCUUGGAACUCCUGUUCAAGGUUGCGAGGAAGGCUGCUUGAGUAAUGGUGAUUGCCCGACGGCCUUAAUUUGCCAAGAAUUUAAAUGCGUAGACGUUACUUGUUCAAUGGAUGAUCCUAACGCUCUUUUGGAUUCACCGAUAGGCUUAAGACCAACUCCGUUUCCCAUUCGCAUAAGGUGUAAACCUGGAACGGUGAGAUUUGUGAAGCCAUUUAUGCAUUUUUUUCCCUUCAGUUUGAUUUCGGCUUUUUUAGGGCACAAUAGUGAAUAUUGCAUCAUUAGAAAUAAUUUAUUGCUUUUUGUUUGAAACCACCUGUGACAUUAUCAAAUGUAUAAAGGCUAUAGGUGGUGAUACAAAAUAAAAUGUGAAUGUAGAAGGGAACAAUAUAAAUUAUUUGUUAAAUUUA